UUGGAUGCUAUUGACAGAGCGACAGGUUUGUCGAUUGAAGAACAGUCUUGUUUUCAUCAAUAACUUUGGGGAAUUUGUCAUUUCAGCAGCUGCCAUGAACGGGUCAGUGGCCAAAAAGACCCAAGACACUUUAGGGAGAGUUAUAAAGAAACCGCCGCUUACUGAAAAACUGCUCAGCAAACCGCCGUUUAGGUAUCUGCACGACAUAUUCAGUGAGGUGAUCCGGACCACUGGCUUCAUGAAGGGACUCUAUGCAGAGACUGAGAUGAAGUCAGACAAUGUCAAGGAUAAGGAUGCUAAGAUAGCGUUCCUGCAGAAGGCCCUAGAUGUGGUGAUGCUGGUGAACGGCGAGCCCCUCUCGGUCAAGCCAGCGCGCAUUGUAGCCGGCCAUGAGCCUGAGAGGACCAACGAGCUGCUACAGGCCAUCGCCAAGUGCUGCCUCAACAAGCUGUCCAGUGAGGAGGCGGUAAAGCGGGUGCUGGCCGGGGACAAGCUGGACCCCAAGGGGAAGGCCAGCUCCUCCCGGUCCCAGGACAAGGAGAACAGGGAGGGACGAGAGCGCCAACGAGACCAAGUGGAGAAGGCGAUCCGAGAGCACAGCGCCGGGGGUUGGGAGCAGAAGGACCCAGACCUGCCCAAAGAGCAAGAGGGCAGACGGGGCGACAAGGAAAAGGAGCGCCACCGUGAGAGAGAAAGGUCAAAAAAGAGCCGCGAUCGAGACCGUACCAAAGACCGUGGCAAGGACAAGAGCCGGGACAAAGACAAUGAAAAAGAGAAAGACAGAGAACGAGACAAGGAGAGCGAGAGGGACAGAGACAGGGAAAAGAGCAAAGACAAGGAGUUGCACAGAGGGAGAGAUCGAGAGAGGGAUAAGGAGAAAGAUUUAGACCGGGAUAAACGGCGAGAGAAGGAGAGAGAGCUCAGACACAAACAGGGGGAGGAGAAAACCAAAGUGCCAGAGAAGGGUGACAAAAAGGCCAGAGUGUCAGAGGAAACAAAACACAGACCACAUCAAGAGGAGCCCAGUAAAACUGCCAAACCUGAACCAGCGGCUGAAGAUGAUGAACAGGAGCCUAUUGAAGAUGCAUCUGAAGAGACAGCGGAAGUCACAUACAAGCAGUCUGACAGUCCAGCCAGAAUACCUCGGCCUUCAUCUGCCAAGGGGCAGAGGCGCUGGCCCAAAGCAGGAGCCCAACAAGAAGAGUUUGACAGUGAAGAUGGAGACACUCCGUUGGCACAGAGGCCGGUUCCCCUGGAGAACGGAGAUGCCACAGACGCAGUGCCAGCCCACAUGGCCCACAGGAGGAUACCUCGGCCCAGCAGCGCCCGGCCCGCCCCUCCUCGGGUCAAGACGCAGGAGAGCUACACUGACGUGACCCCAGCUGAAAGGCUGACCAGUGCCAAGCCCCCGGCGGCCGUCAUCACGGAGGGGAAAAAGCUUUCUGAGGAUGAAGAUGAACAGUUUGUGGUGUUGGAGGCCGCCCCUCUUCCCCCCGACAUGCCCGAGAUGGAGCCAACAGUGGAUCUCCAAGGCGAUGAGAAUCAUGGUGGGCUGGUGAAAAAAAUCCUUGAAACCAAGAAAGACUUUGAAACAUCACCAUCAUCUCCAAAGUCCCAAGACCAGACCCAGAGCCUGGUGUCGGAGGUGUCCAGGAAGAAGGAGCGGGACCUGGUGUCUAAGGAGAUUGAGCGGCUGCGCUCGUCCAUCCAGACGGUGUGCCGCAGCGCCUUGCCCCUAGGCAAGAUCAUGGAUUACAUCCAGGAGGACAUGGACGCCAUGCAGAAUGAGCUGCACACCUGGAGGAGGGAGAACAAGGAGCAUGGGCAGGCCCUGCUGCAUGAACAGAGAGUGACGGACAGCGCGGUGGAGCCUCUGAAGGCCGAGCUAGCCGAGCUUGAACAGUUGAUCAAGGAGCAGCAGGACAAGAUCUGCGCCGUCAAGUCCAACAUCCUGAAGAAUGAGGACAAGAUCCAGAAGAUGGUAACCAGCAUCAACUUCUCCUCGCGAAUAUGAGGGGAGCCAAGGUCCAAAUAAAGGAUUAUCGCCCUUAAAAAAGGACCGAGCAUUCAGGGUGAGCCUGGUUCUUACUUAGUCUGGUGAAGUCCGAAAUGGAGGCCUCAACUGCACUUUUACACACACACCCACACUGACUGACUGGUUAGGGGAGAGAGGGUUCGAAUUCAACCCCCUAGGGAGGGAGAGAGACGCAUGUUAUUUUGCUAGUGCUCCAUCCACUUUAAGGUGAUUGACACACCUUUACUACACUGAACAAAAAUAUAAACGCAACAUGUAUAGUGUUGAAUCCCAUGUUUCAUUAAAUUAAAAUAUCCAUAUGAACUAAUAGCUUGGUUCUCUCAAAUGUUAUGCACAAAUUUGUUUAGAUCCCUGUUAGUGUGCAUUUCUUAUUUUCUCCUCCAUUUCUCCAUCCACCUUACAGGUGUGGCAUAUCAAGAGGCUGAUUAAACAGCAUGAUUAUUACACAGGUGCACCUUGUGCUGUGGACAAUAAAAAGCCACUUUAAAAUGUGCAGGGUUGUCACACAACACAAUGCCACAAAUGUCUCUACUUUUAAGGGAGCGUGCAAUUGGCAUGCUGACUGCAGGAAUAUCCACCAGAGCUGUUGCCAGAGAAUUUAAUGUACAUUUCUCUACCAUAAUCUGCCUCUAACAUUUGACAGUUGUUCCAAACAGUCUCACAACUGCAGAACACGUGUAACCACGCCAGCCCAGGACCUGCACAUCUAGCUUCUUCACCUGCGGGAUUGUCUGAGGAGGGGUGGGAGGGGUGCUGAGAAGUAUUACUGUCUGUAUUAAAGCCUUUUUGUGGGGAAGAAUCAUUCUGAUUCGCUGGGCCAGGCUCCCCGAUGGGUGUGUCUAUGCCCCCUCAGUCCCACCCAUGGCUGCAACUCUGCCCAGUCAUAUGAAAUCCAUUAAUUAGGGGAUAAUGAAUUUCUUUCAAUUGACUUAUUUCCUUAUAUGAACUGUAACUUAGUCAAAUCUUUGAAAUUGUUACAUAUUGCGUUUAUAUUUUUGGUCCGUAUAGUUUUGUGUUUUUUGACAUUACAAUGUAUAUGCGUUGUGGGAAUUAAGGCUUGACAUUGGAGUUCUUUUACAGCUUCAAGCAAAGGGCACAUGGACCAAGCCAAUACCCUCCACAUCUACUUGAUACACAUUUGAUACAGACAUCUGUCAUUUUUUAACAUGUCUGUCUAUUAACAAUUCUGUUUACCUGAAGCUUCUUCAAAGCCUGUACAAAGCAAUAGAUCUGAGGUUUGCUGAGGAGCUAGGGACGCCACGAGCAGAAGACAUGGCAGUCCUUUGACUCUUCCUUCUGUCAACCACUAUGCUUGUCCCAGAUCUGUUUGUGCGUUCUGGCCAAGGUCAGCAAGACAUCAAAAACAGGCCUGGGAUCAGGCUAGUCGAGCACCACUGUGCUUUGAGAAAUUGGGUUAGUAUAGAACUGUGUCCACUCAUUGAAAGAGUAGCGUUGAAGUUAAAAGUAACAUGACACUUUCAUAGAUACAUUUUUUUAUAUAUAUAUAUAUAUACGACCGGUCAUACUCAUUCAAGGUUGUUGUUUUUAUUUAUUUUUAACCAUUUUCUACAUUGUAGAAUAAUAGUGAAGACAUCAAAACUAUGAAAUAACACCUAUGGAAUCAUGUACACUGCUCAAAAAAAUAAAGGGAACACUAAAAUAACACAUCCUAGAUCUGAAUGAAUGAAAUAUUCUUAUUAAAUACUUUUUUCUUUACAUAGUUGAAUGUGCUGACAACAAAAUCACACAAAAAUGAUCAAUGGAAAUCAAAUUCAUCAACCCAUGGAGGUCUGGAUUUGGAGUCACACUCAAAAUUAAAGUGGAAAACCACACUACAGGCUGAUCCAACUUUAAUGUAAUGUCCUUAAAACAAGUCAAAAUGAGGCUCAGUAGUGUGUGUGGCCUCCAUGUGCCUGUAUGACCUCCCUACAACACCUGGGCAUGCUCCUGAUGAGGUGGAGGAUGGUCUCCUGAGGGAUCUCCUCCCAGACCUGGACUAAAGCAUCCGCCAACUCCUGGACAGUGUGUGGUGCAGUGUGUGUUGGUGGAUGGGAGCGAGACAUGAUGUCCCAGAUGUGCUCAAUUGGAUUCAGGUCUGGGAAACGGGCAGGCCAGUCCAUAGCAUCAAUGCCUUCCUCUUGCAGGAACUGCUGACACACUCCAGCCACAUGAGGUCUAGCAUUGUCUUGCAUUAGGAAGAACCCAGGGCCAACCGCACCAGCCUAUGGUCUCACAAGGGGUCUGAGGAUCUCAUCUCGGUACCUAAAUGCAGUCAGGCUACCUCUGGUGAGCACAUGGAGGGCUGUGCGGCCCCCCCAAAGAAAUUCCACACCAUGACUGAUUUGCCAAUCUUGGUGUUUGUAAGUCGCUCUGGAUAAGAGCGUCUGCUAAAUGACUUAAAUGUAAAUGUAAAUGUGUUCUCUGGCAAAUGCCAAAUGUCCUGCAAGGUGUUCGGCUGUAAGCACAACCCCCACCUGUAGACGUCGGGUCCUCAUACUACCACCCUCAUGGAGUCUGUUUCUGACUGUUUGAGCAGACAUGCACAUUUGUGGCCUGCUGGAGGUCAUUUUGCAGGGCUCUGGCAGUGCUCCUCCUGCUCCUCCUUGCACAAAGGCGGAGGUAGCGGUCCUGCUGCUGGGUUGUUGCCCUCCUACGGCCUCCUCCACGUCUCCUGAUGUACUGUCCUGUCUCCUGGUAGCGCCUCCAUGCUCUGGACACUACGCUGACAGACACAGCAAACCUUCUUGCCACAACUCGCAUUGAUGUGCCAUCCUGGAUGAGCUGCACUACCUGAGCCACUUGUGUGGGUUGUAGACUUCGUCUCAUGCUACCACUAGAGUGAAAGCACCGCCAGCAUUCAAAAGUGACCAAAACAUCAUCAAACAUUUGGUACAGCCCCUAUCAUGACCCCUAGGUGAACCCCUUUCAACCCCCACACCAUAACACCUCCAUACUUUACGGUGACAAAUACACAUGCUGAGGUCAUUUGUGUCAGUCUCACACUGACACGGCAGUUGGAACUAAAAAUCUCAAAUUUGGACUCCAGACCAAAGGACAAAUUUCCACCGGUCUAAUGUCCAUUGCUCGUGUUUCUUGGCCAAGCAAGUCUCUUCUUAUUGGUGUCCUUUAGUAGUGGUUUCUUUGCAGCAUUUCAAUCAUGAAGGCCUAAUUCACACAGUCUCCUCUGAACAGUUGAUGUUGAGAUGUCUGUUACUUGAACUCUGUGAAACAUUUUAUUUGGGCUGCAAUUUCUGAGGCUGGUAACUCGAAUGAACUUAUCCUCUGCAACAGAGGUAACUCUGGGUCUUCCAUUCCUGUGGCGGUCCCCAUAAGAGCCAGGUUCCUCAUAGGGCUUGAUGGUUUUUGCGACUGCACUUGAAGAACUUUUAAAGUUCUUGAAAUAUUCCAUAUUGACUGACCAUUUCUUAGUCAUGAUGGACUGUCGUUUCUCUUUGCUUAUUUGAGGUUCUUCCGAUGAUAUAGACUUGGUAUUUUACCAAAUAGGGCUAUCUUCUGUAUACACAGCUGAUUGGCUCAAACGCAUUAACUUUUCAGAAGGCACACCUGUUAAUUGAAAUUCAUUCCUUUCUCUAAACCUCAUGAAGCUGGUUUAGAGAAUGCCAACAGUGUGCAAAGCUGUCAUCAAGGCGAAGGGUGGCUAUUUGAAGAAUCUCGAAAUAUAAAAUAUAUUUAGAGUAGUUUAAAAAUGUUGGGUUACUACAUGAUUCCGUAUGUGUUAUUUCAUAUUAUUGAUGUCUACUAUUAUUCGACAAUGUAGAAAAUAGUAAAUUAAAGAAAAACCUUUGAAUGAGUAGGUUUUCUAAAACUUUUGACCUUUAGUGUGUAUAUAUAAAAAAAAAAAAUAUUGACUAAAUCUAGCAAAACUGAAUAAGUUGUCACUCGUGUUUUUAUGAUGACAAUUUGUAGACACUAGUGGGAAAUAGUUUACUUUGAUUUCAGAGUUCAUAACAUGAUUGCUAUUUCAUAUGAAUUGCUUUUGGGAAAAACGUAUCCCCACCUAGUGAAUAUGACAUGUUUUAUGGAGUUUAAUUUACAUAGAUUUAAAAAUUUAAAAAAAAAAAAAAAAAGAUGAAUAAGCAAUGAUUUAUAAAAUGAUUUAUAAGAUGAAGCCAUACUUAUGCUGGUGAAAUUGCACUAGAAUAUACACGAUAUGGUUAAUGAAUGAAAAUGUGAAGAUGAAAAACAAAAACAAGUGGAUCGCAGUCUAAGUCCCUAACAACCCAAUAUUUUACACUAACAUGUUUAUUUGUCCAUGCUGAAAAUAACAAAGUUUUCGUGCUGAACUUGUUUCACUUACGAAGCCAAAACGGUCACUUCAAUUGGAUACAGAACCAAACUGCACAUUUAUUACAUUUAAAUAGUUAUUUACCUUCUUACACAAGUGUAAACAAGUAAUACUGUAUACAGAUUUUAAUCCAUUUCAUAUCAGUAUUAUUAGCUAGCACAUCAAAUGUACAUGUUAACAUUGUACUGCAAAAUAAUAAUGUGCUCUUAAACCUGUGUAGUAACACUAAUUUCUUUAGUAAGAGCAUUUGCUAGGGUAUUAGGAUACAUAUAGUGCUUGAGCAAUUGAAUCUUAAUUCUUGCCAAAAGGAAUAUAUAUAUAUAUAUAUAAAACCUUUUUUUUUAACUAGGCAAGUCAGUUAAGGACAAAUUCUUAUUUACAAUGAUGGCCUACCCCGGCCAAAUCCGGACGACGCUGGGCCAAUUGUGCACCGCCCUAUGGGACUCCCAAUCACUGCCGGAUGUGAAACAGGCUGGAUUCGAAUCAGAUACUGCAGUGAUUCCCCUUGCACUGAGAUGCAGUGUCUUAGACUGAGUGGCGUACUGUACAAGGAAACGUUUUACUGAAUUUCCUGCAAAGCCCAUUUAGGGAACGCUUAGUAUUUUCAUGUAUUUUUAUGAAAGUUUAUAGUGUAAAUGGUCCUAUUUGUUUCAUACUCACAGCUAUGAUGUAUAUUUUGAGUCCGUGUCAGUUCACAAAUGAGUCAUUUUUGUUGUGGAGUGAAAUGGUUAUAUUUAAAUAAAAGAAAUGAAUGUC